AUGCUUCCGAUAUACGAUGAUAAUGUUGAAGAAGAAUUUGUGCCUGAGACACAAAACUUAGAUGAAGACGAAAAUGAAGAUUAUGUCGAAGAAGAAGAACUUGAAGACGAAGGAGAAGCCGGAGAUGACCCGAAACCCGAAAGGAAAGGGGGUAAGGCGGAUCGUCAAAAUUGGACGAAGAAACAAGAAGAGGCGUUAGCCAAGGCAUAUGUUCAUUGUAGUUUAAACAAGACAAAAGGCAAUCAACAAAAAUUGGAUGGUUUUUGGAAAAAAGUUCUCGAACAUUACAAUGCAACGGUUGGAGGAAGUACCCAAACCGUUCAUCAAGUGCGUUCAAAAUGGAAACCUAUGCAAGGAAAGUUGAACUUAUUCAACGGCUUUUGGCAUCAAGCGGAUCGUUUACGUCAUAACGGGAGUGACGAUACUUAUGUCAGGAAACAAGCACUAAAAGAUUACCAAAAAAGACACCGGGGUGGCUUUCCUCAUGUUGAGGCGUGGGAGGUGGUUAGAAAACAUGAGAAAAAGGUCCCGAUACCAUUGUUGGGUGAAGAUAGUAGUAGUUCGGGGGGAAAAAGAAAGUCAUUGGUGAUUGGAUGGAAACUAGAAAGGGAAGUUGACAUGGCAAAAGGUGAUUAG